GGCAGCCUCGUCAUAGCUCCAACCUUAAUUUGGAAGCUUAUGAGUAUUAAUAGACAGACCUGCACGCAGCAUUGCGUCGUCCAUCAGAAACCCUAAUUGCUUCAUUAGAAUCAUGAGUAGUCCAAGUAGAAAGAAGCAGAACUCCUCCGGCAAACCAUCAUCAUCGAGAAGAAGAGGAGGAAGGGAAUUAGACCAACAACAACAGCAACUUGAGGCAGAGAUUUGUGAACUGAAAGCUAAAAAUUCUUGUUUGAGGAAGAUACUCGCUGACACAAGGCAAAGAGCCAAUGAAGCAGCUGCUUGCAACAGAGAUUUAAAAGCUAGCGUUGGGUCAAUGAGGGCCAUGGCGCAAAAGAAUGAAGAGGAGAUGGUUAAAAGACUCGCUACUGAAGUGAGCCCACUGCUCUUCCAAGCCAUGUCUCAGAUUGCUUCUUCUUCAUCAUCAUCAUCAUCAUCAUCUGAUUGUGUUGGAAAACAAGCUGCUUCCUGCAGCAGCGGCAGCAAAACAGCGGCCGACGCAGAAGAACCCAACUCCCAAGAAUGACACGAGCAACAGAAGCUUAAUGUGCAGCAGCAGUAGCCGAACAACCUAAAUCUGACGAAUUUACAUUAGUACUUAGUUAAUAUGCAGUAGCAGAUCGAUUAGUUGAUAGCUAUUUCAAUUUUAAUUUAUUUUUAGCUAUUUCAAUUUCAAUUUAUUUUUCUAUCAAUCUUAAUUGGGCGACCUAAUUGUAUCCCGGGAUAUUCAUUGAUUGCUUCCAUCUUAAUUAAUUAAUCCGACGACUUAUCUCAGUUAAUUAUUCAUCCCUACCACGUUAUAAAAUAUUUUUCAAGAAGACA